AGAAAACGCAAGCAUGCUCUAACGACCCAAUGCUCCACCACAAUAACUCAACCAGAGAAACCCUUCCUCAUUCCCUUCAUCAAGCAAAGCAACAGCAUAGUAAUAUCAUGAUGGCCGUAAGCCGAAAGGACAUGGACCGGAUCAAGGGUCCAUGGAGCCCGGAAGAGGACGAAGCCCUGCAGAAGCUGGUGGAGAGGCACGGGCCCAGAAACUGGUCGCUCAUCAGCCGCUCAAUCCCGGGCCGCUCUGGGAAAUCGUGCAGGCUCCGAUGGUGCAACCAGCUGUCACCCCAGGUCGAGCACCGGGCUUUCACACCCGAGGAAGACGACACGAUUAUCCGCGCUCACGCCCGCUUCGGUAACAAGUGGGCCACCAUAGCCCGCCUUCUCUCGGGCCGCACCGAUAACGCCAUCAAAAACCACUGGAACUCAACGCUAAAGCGCAAGUGCUCAUCCAUCAUGAUGGCCGAAGAUCCCGCCGCUGCCGCUGCCGGUUUCAGCCCGCAGCCACUCAAACGCUCCGUUAGCGCCGGCGCUGCGCUGCCCCCAGGAAGCCCAUCUGGAUCCGAUGUGAGCGAGACCAGCGCCCCUGGCGUAGUCUCCCCAUCGCACGUGUUCCGGCCCGUGCCGGUUCGACCCGUGGUCGAAACGGCGUCGUCGUGCGACGACGGUCCUACCACUUCGCUGUCACUGUCUCUCCCCGGCGUGGAGUCAUCGGAAGCCUCGAAUCGGGCGACGGCGAUGCAAGCUAAUCCCUUCACCAUAGCACCGGUGAGCACCGUAGCGACUCCGGCGGCGGAGGUUGGAAUGGGAGCUUUGAAUUUGAGUGCGGAGUUUAUGGCGGUGAUGCACGAGAUGAUAAAGAAGGAGGUUCGGAGUUACAUGGAGCAGCAGCAGCAGAGUGCGAUGUGUUUUCAGGGUGUGGACGGUUUUAGGAACGUGUCGGUGAAGCGAAUUGGGAUUAGCAGGGUUGAUUCCUAAUUAUGACGUAAUUAGUGUUGAGAAAAGGAGGUUUAUGAGUUAUGAUGAAGCAUAAAAAGGAAGCUGUUUUCCUUUUUAUUUUAGGGAAUAAUAUUGGUUAGUGUACAGUUGGAAGAGAAGAGAGGAAGACAAAAGUAGCAUGGAACGAUGAAAAAUUGAAAUUUCAUGGCAAAUCUGAAAUUUCUUUGAACCUCUUGUGCUUCAGGUUUUGUUUCGAAAAAGAUAAAACAAGCGCCAGAGAGAGGGGUAGGAUUUUAAAAUCAAUGAAAUAUCCUCAAAUUUUCAAUAUUAAGUUCAAUUUAUUUUGUUAUUUGCUGAAGCAUGAUGUAAAUAUUUGUUUUGGUUGAAACCCAAAAUUAGCAAAUAGCGUUUCACGCUCACCAACUAGAACAGAAAGGAAACCGGUACUUAGUUUGAAAGUAGUUUUUGUCUGUUAUCCUUUUAUAUAUCUCAAAAUUUGUUAGUUAAUCAGUUUACUAUAUAA